AAAAGAAGGUGUGCACCGGCAUCUCUUGGAAUACUUGGGUCAUCAUGCCUAAGGCGCUUGAGUGGGUUUGUGAUCCCGUUUGGGCUGCUACUAUCAAGCAACUUCAAGUGAUAGCCACAGUGCUGUGGGGCUGUUGCACAUAUCUCCGAGCUCAGCUGGUACAGCUUCCUCAAGGUUUGACGAUGCUGUAUCGGAUUAGCCAUCAUGCAGGGCUGUGCAGAUACCGUACUUUUCUCGCAUUGUUGGCGAAUCUCAUCAAGCAGAAUUAUCCGACAUGCUCGAAGGUUAUUCCAGUUAUAAGCGAUCCAUAGGUCUGGGUAGACAUGGAAGUCCUCUCCAAAGACCAACUCUGACUUCACUAACAGAUUAAAACUCUCAAAUUGCCAAGAGGAUGAAAAGGUGUCUGCUAAUGAAGCCAGCUCGCUGUCAAGUGCCUGCGCGGCGAUGAUUAUGCUCUGUGAAUCUUGUGUCCUUCCCGAUCGCAGGUCAGCACGAAACUCGGUCACC